UCACCUCAGAUAAUAUAUUUUAUAAAUGAACCAAAUAAGAUCAUGCUGGCGAAAAACCCUGAGCAUUAUAUAAACAUUUUCCUCAAAUAGUCAAAGAAAUUUGAAAUCUUGAACAUAAAGGAUUUCGCUUUUUCUGUAUAAAUUAACCAUUUCUGACCAAGUUUGAAAAUUGGCGAGUUUUGGUUUGGCUUGUCAAUUUUACUUAAUAGCUGGGUUUGAGGUUUAUUUUUGCUGGGUUGGUGAGUUCUUGUGAAGAAGGAGAUGGGCUCCUAUGGAAAGCUUGCGAGGAGGGCUCGGGAGACUGAGAUGCCGAUCAUGGUUAAGAUACAGGAACUGAUCCGAGGAGCGAAAAAUGCGGUAUCUUUGGCUCAGGGGGUCGUUUACUGGCAGCCACCCAAAAAGGCAUUAGACAAGGUGAAAGAACUUGUAUGGGAGCCUUCAAUUAGUAAAUAUGGUGCCGAUGAAGGUCUUCCUGAACUAAGGGUGGCAUUGACUAAAAAGUUGCAACAGGAAAAUAACUUACACAAAUCUUCGGUGAUGGUUACUGCAGGUGCAAAUCAGGCAUUUGUGAACAUUGUUCUUACGUUAUGUGAUGCGGGGGAUUCUGUAGUUAUGUUUGCUCCAUACUAUUUCAAUGCCUAUAUGGCCUUCCAGAUGACAGGCAUCACUAAGAUACUGAUUGGUCCUGGUAAUCCCAAUACGCUUCAUCCUGAUGCAGACUGGUUAGAGGGAAUGUUACUGGAAACUAAACCAACCCCGAAGCUUGUUACCAUUGUUAAUCCUGGCAACCCAUCUGGUACCUAUAUUCCAGAGCCUCUACUAAAGAGGAUUUCAGAUUUGUGCAGAGACGCUGGAGCGUGGCUUGUGGUAGAUAACACAUACGAGUAUUUUAUGUAUGAUGGUCUAAAACACUCGUGUAUUGAAGCAAAUCAUGUAGUCAACAUCUUUUCCUUCUCAAAAGCCUAUGGAAUGAUGGGAUGGAGAGUUGGAUAUAUAGCAUAUCCCUCGGACGUGCAGGGCUUUGCAACUCAACUUCUCAAAGUUCAGGACAAUAUACCUAUCUGUGCUUCAAUAAUUUCGCAGCAUCUUGCCCUGUACUCUUUAGAAACUGGCCCAGAGUGGGUCAUAGAACAGGUGAAAGAUCUUGUGAAGAACAAAGAAAUCAUCCUAGAAGCCCUCUCUCCGUUGGGAGAAGACGCUGUGAGAGGUGGAGAAGGUGCAAUUUACUUAUGGGCAAGGCUUCCAGAGAAAUACGUUGAUGACUACGCAGUUGUUCACUGGCUUGCUCAUGAGCACGGUGUGGUUGUAAUCCCAGGAGGUGCGUGUGGUUGUCCAGGGCAUUUGAGAAUCUCCUUUGGUGGCUUGGUAGAAGCUGAUUGUAAAUCAGCUGCUGAUAGGCUGAGGAUGGGCUUAGAAGAACUUGUGAAAGACGGCAUGGUUCAGUAAGUCUACUUAUAAUUUGAUUGAAUGUAGGAGUGGUAAAUCCAUAACCAUUUGCCAGUUUGUGUAACUUCAUGCAACUGGUUCAUUUGAAUAUUUGAACGGGUUCUGAAAUUAAAAAAGUAGUCUCAUUUUAUAUCUAAAAA